GCAGUCGCGUUUCGGUGGCCUUCUAACAGGGGUGGAGUCUUUCGUUUUUACUCUCCAUUAAGUCAACAAAAAUUUUUUAAUUCCUUUUUUCAACAUUGUAUUCUAAUUGAAUGCAAAAAAUUAAGUAAAUUUUUUCAUCGAAAUACAUCAAGGUACUAAACACAAAAAAAAUUUAUUUUCUCCCAACACAAAAGAAGCUAUUUUUCUUCAAAAAAAAAAAAAUCAACCAUGCAAAGAACACCAAUAGCAAAAAGAAACAUAUUGUACGAAUUGAUAAUAAAAGAAAAUAAUUUUUGCCAAAUAAAUAUUUUUUAAAUCGAGUUUUUUAGUGAGUGAAUAAAAAAAAGUACCGAAGGCACUACACACAUGUGAGUAAAACGAAUAUUAUUUUCGUUGACGUCUUUCGUCUAGAUAAAGAUAGAGAAGAAGGCACAACAUACAUAAAUAUACAACUGUAUAGAAUACGUCGCGUCGUGAAAAACAUAUUCAGUCUCUCCAAAAGGAAGGCAUUUUAUAAUUGAAGAAAGAGGAAGGGUUUAAUCGAAGUUAAGAGAGGAUAGUUGCUCUCAUCACAGUAGCAGUAUGCAGUGCAUUAUUCGUUAAUGCUCUUCCUGCAUUGUUGGUAGUUGCGGACGUUGUUAAAAUUAAUCGGAUACAAACAGUAGAAAUUUAUUUCUGUAUUAGUUAAUUGAGCUGGAAGAUAAGAUAAUUAGAAAAUAAUGCUGAUUAAUUGUAGCGCUGAUAAAUUAUUAUUAAUAUUAGAACAAGGCAUACCUGGAUAAUUAUAAGUGAAAUUGGAAACUUGUUACUAUGCUUUAGAUAACAAAAGUAAUUAAAGUGAUGAUUAAAGUGAAAUCAAAAACAAUUAUAAUUUUCAGUUCAAGAUUUCGUGAAUUACAUAAAAGAAAGGAGAGCACUUUGUUAUUUAUUGUCGUUUUGUCAUUCCAUUGUAUUGUUAGUGCUGUUUGUGAAAAACAAGAAACAAAUUUCAGAGUACCUCGAGGAAUUAAAGAGUUACAAAGAUUUGUUUUCAAUUCUGUUCAGCCGUCUCCAUUUACAGGGUAUUGUGAUUUUGAAGAGUUUUGUGAUUGGUCCUGGAAUGAAACUGCUGGUUUUAGAAUUACUUCAGCUCCAGCGGAUGAAUCCUUGGGUCCUAAGACGGAUGCAAGCAAUAAUAAAAAUGGAUAUUUUUUAUGGCUAAACGAACGAAAGGAAGGGCAACUAUGGACUGUAAGACCCAUUCCGAAGACAGGUUCAAGAUGUCUUUUGGAUUUAUCCAGUCAUCAAGUUCAAAUGAGAAGUGGAAUUAUACGUUUAGUAAUAGUAACAAAUAAUUAUACUAGUCUAGUUGCUGCAGAACGAUCAGGGAAUGAUCAUGCAGCAUGGGAACCUAUAAGGUUCAAUUUGGGUGCAAUAAGUCAACCUUACAAAUUGAUACUGGAAGUUACUAUGCCAACUAAUAACUCAAGUUUUGCUGUUGACAACAUUCGUCUAGUAGAUUGUUUUCCAGAAUACAAUGCAGUUGGUUCAGUCUGCACUGCGGAUAUGUUUCGAUGUAACAAUGGAUCCUGCUUAAAUAGAACUAGAGUUUGUGAUUUAACUGAAGAUUGUGCGGAUGGGGAAGAUGAGCUGCAAGAUUGUGACAAAGUACCUGCAACGGCAAGGUGUAAUUUUGAGAAUGGAUGGUGUGGAUGGAAUAAUGUUCCUGGUAGGCCCUUAAAUUGGACUCUUCAUCAAGGUCCUACUCCAACUGAAAGAACCGGUCCAAGUUACGAUCACACAUAUCGAAAUGAUACAGGAACAUUUGCAUAUGUUAAUAUGUCAAAAAGAGCGGAUUAUGGUAGCCGGGGUACAAUAAGUAGUCCAUUAUUUAAUCCAACUCCUCCGUACAGCAGUGAUCCAACAAGUCCAUAUUUUCAAUCAUGCCAAGUACGAUUUUUUUAUCAUCAAUAUGGAGCUCAUAGUGGUUCUCUUGGAUUAUAUCUAGUGCAAGUAAAAAAACAUCAAAAUCAAACAGACCGUUUGUGGUGGACAUUUGGUGAUCAAAAAGAUGCAUGGUAUAAUCAAGCAGUAGCCUUACCUGAUAUUCGAGUGAGGUACUUUUUGCUAUUCGAAGCAAGUAGAGCAUAUGCUUCAAAAGGAGACGUAGCCAUUGACGACUUUUCCCUGAGCCCUGAGUGCUUUGGAAUAGGAGUUCCACCAGAAGCAUUAAAGGGCUAUAAUUAUUAUGAUCCAGUUAUAGAAUCUUCUAUAAAUCCAAAAAGUCAAAGUAUUGAUUUCAUUAAUGAAACAGUUGUUCGAGUUACAACUUGCGGACAACUUGGAAGAAUGGGUCCAACGGCAGCUCAAUGUGCUAACGAAUAUAAUGGAACUAAUAUUGAAUUUGUUACACAGUCCUCAUUUCCUUCGACUUCAAGUGAAGAAGCUUCUAAUUUCAACCUGAACGGAAUUCAACGAUGGACUGCGCCUAGAGGCGGUUACUAUACUGUGAUUGCUAUGGGAGCGCGUGGAGGACGAGGAUCUGGUGGUAUGGGAAGUACUCUAGGUACCCUUGUACGGGGAGUUAUUGAGUUAGAAAAAGAACAAAAAUUGUACUUCUUAGUUGGUCAACCAGGUUCAGAUGCAUGUCCCAAAAGUCUAGGUCUUGAAAAACAUGAUUGUCAACAGUUAGGUCAAAUUACUUCUUCUAUAUACACGUCAAAAAUACAUGCUGUAAAGAAGAUUGAACUAAAAGAUGGUGGAGGUGGUGGAGGAGGAGCUACAUAUGUUUUCAAAAUAAAAGGAAAUGGAGAAUUUCAACCAUUAAUGAUAGCAGCUGGUGGUGGUGGAUUAGGAUUGGGUCAAUUUACUGAUGAUGGAGUUCAACAUGGGAAGGGAUUGCCCUUACCAGGAAGUAAUCCGACAACUGGAGUAUCAUUUCGAGGAGAUGCUGGUCCUGGAGGCGGAUGGUUUGGUACAUCGAAUAGCAAUUCAAGUCAAUCAUCAGGAUUGCCUCUGGCUUUAGGCGGUAUUGGUGGAAUAGGAUGUGGUCCCAACAAUAAUGGUCAUGGAAAUGGUGGAUUCGGAGGAGGUGGAGGAGGCUGUUUAACAGGAGGCGGUGGUGGUGGAUAUGUAGGUGGAAACACAGGGGGUCAGGAUUCUCCAAACGGUCAAGGUGGUUUUUCAUUUGCUACUUCAGAAUUUCUUCAUGCUGCUUAUCAUGUAGGAUAUAAUCAAGGACCAGGAGAAGUUUUAAUCAUACCAGCAAUAAGUGGAUGUGGUUGCGAUUUUCGAUGUGUGGUUUUAGAUCAAUUUUUGUCUGAGGUGAAAUGCCUAUGUCCUCCAGGUUGGCUUCUUGGAAAUGAUACAAAAUCCUGCUUAAUGGCAGAACAGAGUGACGUUGCCCAUCAGACUUUUAUGAUAAUAUUAAUAGCUUUCAGCAUUGGAUUAAUAUUUGCACUAUCUGGACUAUUUCUUUUAUUAUAUAAUCGAUACCAACACCGGAAAGCUUUAAUCAGACGUCGUCAAGUAAUGUUUGGUAAUGGAACAGAAUUAACUGCCCUUCGUGCAGUUUCCGACAGCAUGAUGACUGAAUUCAAUCCAAAUUAUGAGUUUGCUGGAAAUUUAUAUAGUUUUAAAGAUCUUCCACAAAUACCAAGAGAUAAUAUAUCAUUAGUAAAGCCUUUAGGACAAGGAGCAUUUGGUGAAGUAUUUCAAGGUGUUUACAAGUACCGUCGGAAUGAUGAACAUCCUGUUGCUGUAAAAACACUUCCUUCAUUGUCAACAUCUCAUGCGGAGGCAGAUUUUAUGAUGGAAGCAUUAAUUAUGAGCAAAUUUAAUCAUCCGAACAUUGUGCAUUUCAUUGGAGUUUCAUUUGAUAAACAUCCUAGAUAUAUAAUUUUAGAAUUACUAGCUGGUGGUGAUUUGAAAAAUUUUCUACGGGAAGAAAGGCCUCGCCCUGAUCGACCAACAACAUUAUCAAUGCAGGAUUUAAUAAUGUGCGCCUACGAUGUCGCAAAUGGCUGUAAAUAUAUGGAAGAUGCUCGAUUUAUUCAUCGAGAUAUAGCGGCAAGAAAUUGUCUUUUGACUUGCAAGGGGCCUGGUCGAAUAGUUAAAAUUGCCGAUUUUGGUAUGGCUCGAGAUAUUUAUAGGAGUGAUUAUUAUAGAAAAGGUGGUAAAGCAAUGUUACCUAUUAAGUGGAUGCCCCCUGAAAGCUUUUUGGAUGGAAUAUUUACUACGAAGACUGAUGUUUGGGCUUUUGGUGUGCUUCUGUGGGAAAUUAUGUCCUUUGGUUACAUGCCUUAUACAGGUUGUGCUAAUCGAGAGGUAAUGUCAAUGGUUACAACGGGUGGAAGAUUGGAAAGGCCUGCUGGUUGUCCUGAUCCAAUUUAUGGUGUAAUGACUCGAUGCUGGCAUCCUCACCCUGAAGACAGGCCUAGUUUUACUACAAUUGUUGAAAGAAUAGGAUAUUGCUUACAGGAUCCCGAUGUAUUAAACUUUCCAAUGCCAAACUAUGAUGUUUUACCUUCUUGUGAGAGAGAAAUAACAAUUAUGAGACCAGAUCCUGAAACUGAAUGCAUUAAUGUGCACGCUGACAAUGAAUUUGAAAAAGAUGACAAAGGAAUAGAAAAGGAAACUGAUAAUAUGAUCAACUGUACCAAAAAUAUAUCAAGAUUAGAUGAUAUAAAUUGUAAUAGUAAUUCCUAUGAAAAAACAAGGUUAGAGACGGAUGAUUCGAAUACGCCUGCAAGUACAAAUUUAGAAACAGCAGUGUCGUCACCAAAUACUCAGACUGGUUCUCCAAGUCCAACUUUAAAUUCAAAUGGAAACAAUAUGAAUGGUCUGUUGAGAAAAAAUGCCUUAAAGGCAGCAUUGAGUUUGGAUCCUAGCGCUCUGUGCCGAGGAAAUAUACCAUAUGAAAAAAUUUCAUUUUCCUCACCAUCAACUCAGACCAGUAAUCCUGACAGCUUGGAAUUAAUGAAGGAAUCCAUAGGACAUGAGUUGCCAAGAGAAGAAGAGUGUUCUUGCUGAGACUCAUUUCAGAGUGACUAAAAUAGUUCCUCCGACAAUCAAUACAAGGAUUCCCAAAGAUUAUACAUGACGUUAACUGUAAAGUAUAGAAACCCUAUGAAAAUCAAGUCAGCCAUGCCAAACCACAAAAGGAAACGCUCACUUAACAAGACAAAUAUAUAUACGUCGUCCAUAAAAUUGACAUAUGCGUGUUGAAUUAUUUAAUAAGAUCAGUGAUUAUUUUACGAUUUAUAACUUUGAAAGUAAGUUUGUAAUAAGAAAAAUGUCUUCUGAAAGUUGUAAUGCAUAUAAUUUAAUUCAAAACAACGAAUAUUAUUUAUCUUUGAAAAUAUUGUCAAUCAAUUUUGUAUUUACAACUUCAUAAAUAAAUGUUUGGAUUUUG